AUGCGGGCUCCAAUCAUAAUGUUCCUCGCCUUGCUGCUGGGCAAUUGCCUGGACUUGGGCAACGGAUUGCUCUUCAAGAAGCUGAAAGCACUCAAAGGUCUGAAAAGUGGUUACAGCUCUGGCAAUGGUGGUUAUGGCUACAAUUCGAACGUGGGAUAUGGAGGAUAUGGUGGAUAUGGUGUAUAUAAAGGAUAUGGCGGAUAUAAUGGCUAUGGAAACAGUUAUAGCAUUGGCUAUGGCAGCGGCUACGGCGCUGGCUACGGCGGUGGCUACGGCGCAGGCUAUAGCAGCGGUUAUGGCAGUGGCUACGGUGGUGGCUACGGCGGAGGCUACGGCGCUGGCUAUGGCAAGGGCUAUGGCUAUGCCAGUGGCUAUGGAUAUGCGCAGCAGUCCUACAGGCCAAAAAAUCGGCAACGUACCGGGCGCACCUACUCACAGAUAGCCAGAGUCCUAAGACCAGACCCGUAUCUAGGGCUAGGUGCGGGCCGCUAUCUACCGCGCGCUCCUUACUCACAUUUGUGGGGCUGA